AUGUCAGUGAGCAUCGACAGCAGCGUCACAGGAGUAACGCCAACUCAAGAUGAAGAUCGGGAGUAUCUUCAAACCGAGUUAAAGAAGCUGAAAGUCCUUAAGAAGACGAUAGACGCGAGCGUCGGAGAAUUGAACGCCGAGAAUCAUAUCUUCUGUCUACGCAACAGUUGUCCAGUCAAGGAGCCUUCUCACGAAACCGGUCGAUACCAACGGAUGUUCAGACUCCAGGAAGAAGCCCGGGAUAUUGCUAGUGAGAUCAACCACCGUAUGACGCGGUAUGCAGCGGCGCAGUGUCUCCCUAUCUGCACUAUGGUCUGCGACAAACUACCCCGCGAGCUUCGCGACAUGAUAUACCAAUACAUCAUUGGGGAGUCGAUCGUGAGGAUUGAUAAGGAGGUACUGAAAUCUUUCCUCUUUUGUUCCGAAAUCGGUGUCACGCCCAUGGUCCCCGCAGGGUUCCCAAACCGCACCAAUAUUGCCUACGAGCACCUCUGGGAUCAUGACUACUCCGGCAAGCUCUUCUACUCCGAGCUUAUCGAGGCCUGGUACCGCACUACAACAUUCUCCUUCGUCGAAUGUCGUCUCAUCCCGGACUUCCUCAACGAUCCGCGCUUCGGCUACGGCGUACUACCGCGUGAGUGGGUGCGCAAUAUCAAGAUCAUCAGGAUUACGACAACGGAGAGCGUCCUCUCUAUAUACAGGGGAGAAGAGAAAGCAUUUAACAUCAAGACCGGCGAUCUCCAUAAUCUCAAAGACAUGCCCAAGCUAACGGGCGUUAUAUUCGACUUUGAUGCAGCUUUUACGUCACUUCCUACGUAUCACGACAACUACAGGCGAUUUGUAUUGACGGAUCUGAAGGAAAUGUUUCCGAAGAUUCAAGAUCUACUAGAUAGGGAGUGUAGGGUAUCGGUAAUGUUCUCCAGUAUGGGGCCGCUUGAAAUGCGAAGGGAUGAGCUUACUUCUCAAAUAUGGGAGGAUAAGCUGGAGGCUAUCAGGCCUGAUUAG